UGGUUUGCAUUCGAUGGGCGUUUUCAUAUGCAAAGUACGGGCCUUGGGUUCGCGCGAUUCUGUCUACAACAUCAGUGGGAGGUUCGUUCAUAUGGUUGGUCUACAUCUCAGAAUGCAUGGAUAAAAAAACUCAGGCAGCUCUGACGAUAUGGCGUUUGCUCGAGGUCGAAGAUACAGACCAGGUGGUGUUCUAAUGGUUCCUACUCUUUCUUUAUUUCCUGAAAUAUACCCAGGCGUUUUUCAACCUAAGUUUCCUUUGUCACUCCCAGUCUAUCCUCAUGCUGUUGUCUCUACUCCGGUGCGUAGUUAUUUUGUCCAUGUUGGGAUUCCAAAGGAGUCGCAUUCGUUUAUGAUGCCUGUCAUAAUAUCCUCAAACAUAUUAUCACCUCUAAGUGGCUUUCGAGGAUUCACGAUCCAUCUCAUCUCGUAAUCAUUGGAACCGACGCUGCGGCAUCGAACCCCAGAACUCCAAGCCACGGCGCAAUCAUAGUGGUGUUGGUGUGAUAUACGCACAUACUCGCCUCCUUCGUCUAGCAUAUACAAGGCGC